UUUCAUUUUUUUUUUUCGGUCUGCGGGUGGCGCUAUCGACCGAUGAUGGCUCGAUAAAUUAUUGUUAAAUAAUAUUUCUUUUCGUGGGGAGAUAAAUCUCAGCUUAAUUAUUGCAAACGCAUACUCUAGUUGAAAGUGAAGGGUACAGUGCAAUUGAUGCCUAUUUUGAAGAAUAUAUUGUGUUGCGACGAGGAGUGAUUGAAGAAUUAUGUCCGCUAUCAUCGAAUAUUUAAAAAGCCCCGAACUGGUGGUCAAAGUUCAGGAGUUUUUCGGUAUUGAGUAUCUGCAUGCGCAUCGAGAUGGGAAAAUCGAUUCUUCUGUGAGGGACGGCGAAGUAAACGGCAAGGCUGGGCUGGCAAAGAGAGGUCAGCAGCAGGUCGCCAAUGGCGAUUUAUCCAGUUUGGAUGAGGAUAGCAGUAGCAGCAGCAGCACCAGCAGCGGAAAUGGUUGCGAUAAGCACCAGAUUGGCAAAGAUAAGCCUUACCGAGUGACUAACAAGUUCUGGUAUUAUUUGUUCAUCAUCGGGACGGAACUGGGGGAUGAGAUCUUCUACGCAACGUUCAUACCCUUCUGGUUCUGGAAUAUCGAUAGCGCUGUGGGGCGAAGAGUUAUCAUGGUUUGGUCGGCGGUUAUGUAUGUGGGUCAAAGUUUGAAGGAUAUAAUUAGAUGGCCUAGGCCGGGUUUCCCCGUAAGCAGAUUGCAGAAGAAGUGGGGCCUGGAAUAUGGAAUGCCUUCAACGCAUGCAAUGGUCUCGGUGGCGAUCCCUUUUUCGGUUCUGAUCUACACUUAUGAUAGAUAUAUCUUCUCUCUUCCAGCGGGUCUGGCAUUCGCGGUGAUCUGGUGUGCAGUCAUCUGUUUCAGCAGGGUCUAUCUGGGAAUGCACAGUGUGCUGGACAUCUUAGCCGGUUUGGUAUUGGUUGUGACAUUGAUGAUUCCGCUGAUCCCGAUUGUAGACAAGUUGGAUUACAUCAUAGUCACUAGUAGCUGGUCGCCCAUACCGGUGUUGGCCGUUUCCAUUUUGCUGAUUGUGUUUUAUCCCGAUUCCGGAAUUUGGACGCCAACAAGAGGCGACACUGCCCUAACCGUUAGCGUGUGCGCGGGACUUGAAAUCGGUGCCUGGUUGCACUACAUGCUCGGUGAUUUCAGACCACCGGCCAAUCCACCUCCGUACGAAGUCAUCUGGCCAUCGUACGCUAUGAUGGGAAUGCUGCUGCUGCGAACCGUUUUGGGUCUCUGUUGCAUCGUGGCCACGCGUGCCUUCGGAAAGUCUAUUUCCUAUGCGUUUGUGUGCUUCCUGCUCGGGCGUGAUAAGAACGAGCUGCGCCAAUCGGAGAAUACGCUACAGAAUAAGAACAAAAUUAUCGUUGAGCUGUCAUACAAGUUCUUCGCGUGCGCAAUGAUUGGAUUCAAUACGCAAUAUUUGCUGCCGAAUGUGUUCAAGCUGCUGCGGAUAGGGCGACCGGAUUUUUAUACGGAAAUCUGAAAUGCCCAUUCGGUAGAAUAUUUAAUUUCUUACUGCAACAUCACGAAAACAUUCCAUCCGGUAUUUCUUAGAAUGUCGAGUUUCUCAUCUUAGUGUGAAUUUGUUUUUGUAUUUUUUUUUCUAUAGUAGUAGCGCACUAUAAAACUUCAUCCUCCACUAUUUGGCUAAGGCCACGACAGUGUUAAAAUCCUAGAUUAGGCUCUAUGUGAUUACGAUCUUCUUUGGUUUAAGUUUUACGUUCCAUCUCAAAGUAAAUACUAGAUAAUGCACAUUUGCUGGAUUACCGAAAAGUUACAACACAUUUCUAACUCAAAUAGCACAAUCUUCAAUAUCCGAUGAAUUCCCAAUCUUUUCUCAAAUUUCUCACUUUAUAUCCAAUUUUCUAACACUACAAUUGAUCUAGACACAAGAUUAGAACAAGAAAAGUUAAACAUAGCAGAAUUUUAUGAUCAUCGAGGAACAAAAGAAAAACACUUAUCUAGUCCCCAAAAGCGACGAACUGCGACAGUGAAUGUGAAUUCGUUCAACGAUAAAAUGUACACGCGUAAAAUAUUUGAAACAAAAUGGAACCUCUUACACGUUAAGGUUUAAUAAACUUUUGGACAUGAUGUUACAACGCGCAUAAUAGGCCUUAUCGAAAAGAGCUACCUACAGUGAUUUUAAAUCGAACAUGCGAUUUUCUCGUUUCGCGCAACCGAACAAAUAGAAAUGAAGCAACUUCCAUUAGUAUUACAAACAA